AUGUUCGAGCACAAAAAAUGCAAACACACGUGGGCCGUCAUCAGCGAGCCCUGCGGUCCAGGAAUGGGCUUCGUCACCUGCGAUAUCUUCUACGCGGCAAACGGCCGGACGAUCGACGAGAAGCCACGACCCGGUAUAUGCCGUACCAUGACGAGGCCCUGCCCCCGGUGUGAGGGCCGCAAUCUUGCCAGCAAUCCUCCCGGUAGCGGCGGCGGCGGUGGUGUUGCCGCUCUGACCCGCUACCAGUACGAUGUCAACACGGUGCGCAUGGUGGAGAAGAGAGGAUGGGGGCUCAAGUGGGGGACCGGACCGGCCAUGGAGGACUGGGGAUUGGAGAUGAGGUUUGGGAGUGGAAAUUGGUGCGUUAUCAUGUAG